AUGGCAAAACAACGGUUUCCGGACCAAGUUCUGUGCCAAAUGUUUGACUGCUUGUUCCGCGCCGUCAUUGGUAUGGCCUACCCUGAUGCAUUCCAGCCUGUUGGUCCCGACCCAAAAACGCAAAGCUUCCCGACGGUCAGCGAGAGCUGCACGAAAUUUCCGCCCCUGACUUCGCACUGCCAAAGGGAGACAAAUGUCCACGUCGACAUUGACCCCUUGAAUGUACUUGUGGGCGAGUUUUAUGAGAACGAGCGCAACAUGAUAGCCGACCUGGGGCUCGCAACCGUCUUUGACGGCGGAUACAGAUCGACGACCGAAAAAUGGGACUACGUCAACAGCACGCCCCAAGCUGCCCGGUACCGAACAGCCGGAAACUACAACUGGUGGACCUACGGCGGCUAUGUCAUGCACGAGCGCUUCACUGAGACCUAG